CUCUUUCAGCACAAUCAAUCACCACCAAAAUCAUGCUUGGAGGCUUAGAUGAAACUCAACCUGCAACUCCAGAAAUCCAGAAGAUAGUUGACGAGGUAAAGCCACAGUUGGAAAAAAAGUCCAAUGAAAAAUAUGACUCCUUUGAAGCUGUAAAUUAUAGAACACAAACAGUUGCUGGGACCAUAUAUUAUGUAAAGGUACAUGUUGGGGGCGAUCGAUACAUACAUUUGAAAAUAUACGAACCUCUCCCUCAGGAGAAUAAACCAGUUGAGCUGUCCGACUACCAGACUGGCAAAGCCAAGAAUGAUGAUGUGGGCUCCUUUUAGAGGCACAGUCCAGAAUGGAUCUGGUUAUUUUCAUGAGCAUUCUGUAUCAAUAAACACAAUGGAAAUGAAACAUAGAUCUUUUAAAAGUAGAUUUUGAAUUUGAUGAUGUAUUAGUUAGUUUUAGUCAAGGUUCCC